CUGGAGAGAAGGCGCAAGCGCAAGCCCGCCCCCAUGUAGUUCGCAGCAUGGACCUGGACUUUGAUGGCUUCCAGAAGCAGGUCUCUGUCUAUUCAAACAUCUCCAGGAGAUCAGACCAGGAGAGCCUGGUCGACCCCGAGAACUUCAGCCGCCAGUGCACCGAGAUCGAUGAGAUAGCGAGCAAAACACUGCUGGACCAAUCCUUGAUAGAGGAUGCCCUUAGGGAGGCCGUCCAGGAGUGCAAGUUCUGCGUGACCAUUGCGGAUCCUCAGCGCGAGGACUGCCCGCUCAUCGCGGUCUCCGAUGAGUUCCUGACGAUGACUGGCUACUUCCGGGAGGAGGUGGUAGGCAAGAACUGCCGAAUCCUGAACCGCGACUGCUACCUGGAGCCGACGACCUUCUGCGCCCUCAGGGAGGCCUGCAAGACUGGCAUGCCCUUCAAUGGGGUCAUCCUGAACCGCAGGAAGUCAGGCGAUCUCUUUAUGAACUUGGUGAAUCUCCAAGGGUUGGUCGUGGCAAAGAACCCGCGAGGGGACUCGCUGUGGUUCGUGGUGGGCAUUCAGGCGGACGUCACGGAUCUGUGCCUGGAGACCACGGAGCUCCAGGUGCCGCGCCUCAACGAAGUGGCGCGCAUCAUCCGUGAGAAGCUGACUGCUGAGUUGUCCACCAUGGCCAUGUCCAGCGCGAUGAUUGCCGAGAAGACCCUUGGGAAGUCCAGCUGUGCCUGGUGGCUACUGCCGGAUCCAGUGUACACAAGUCCAGAUCAACAGACUUCUUUUUCAAGACAGAAAACAUUGUUUGAUACCGUGAUGGAGACAGAGUUCGGCGACCUCUCGGAUGAUGAGUUCGCCGCCGAGGCAAGGCCCAGACCCGGCCUGGACAGGAGGCUGUCCAGCUUCGCGCGCCAGCAAAGUCAGCACGUGGACACCCUCCUGCCCAACGCCAUGGCGCUGGGAGACAUCGAUGAGGUGAUGAGAGAAGCUGUCAAGGAUUGCAACUUCUCCGUCUCCAUUGGUGACCCGCGCGCCUUUGAUUGCCCCCUGGUGGCCGUUUCGGACCAGUUUGAGGCCCUCACGGGAUAUUCGCGUGAUGAGAUCAUCGGGAAGAAUUGCCGCUUCCUGGGGAGGAAUUGCCCAUUAGGAGAGCAGGACCAGACUGCCUUGAGGCAGGCUUGCAUGGACGGAUCCCCUUUCUGCAAGAUCAUCGUGAACCGCAGGAAGUCCGGCGACCUGUUUCUGAACCUCGUGGACCUGCGCGGAGUGACCCUGGCCCGAAAUCUCAGGACCAGGGAAGAGCUGUGGUUCCUGGUGGGCAUUCAAGCGGACGUUACCUACAAAGAAAGCAGCGCGUUGCCGAAGGAUCACUUGGAGAGUAUCCACCAGGUGGCCUCGUGCAUCCGCACGCGCAUGUCCGACCAGCUGGCGCUCAUGGCCCUGGCGGGUUCUUCCAGCGCGGGCUGCCUCUCCGACGCCUCGGGAGAGGAGGAGGUGCUUUGGGUGCCAGUGGACGCGCCCAAGUGGAUGAAAGGUGCUCAAAGCAUCAGACAGGCGAGCCCUGAAGCACAUCUUCAGUGGCGUGUGGAGAGGGUGCGACAGACCUCAAGCUGCCAGGGCUCCACCAGCCGGCAGGCAUCGCAUGGCAGGAGUUCCCAGCCUGUUGGGCGUCUCACUGGCGAUGACCUCGAGUUAGGUAGGAACCUUGCAGCUCUUCCGGCCAAGCAGAAUACGACGUGGGAGUUGACGCAGUUCCGCAGUGGCCUUUGGCUGAUCAUGGCCGGAUUGGGCAGUUUAGUGCUGUGGGAGAUGAGCCGAACAAAGUGCUUUGGCUGGAUGUGUCCUUGGUUGAAAGCCACUUCUUUGUAGCUGUUCAGGCUGCAGUUUCACUGGCACUGCUCGCAAAUUGCUUAGUUGGACGUGUAU